CCCUUUAAAGCUUUAGAAACUACAACCUCCUCUCUCUCUCUCUCUCUCUCUCUACACCAGCUGCCACCCCCACUCAACUGAAGUUAUCUGUCCUAAUAAAAACCCAUCAUCAUAAUCAUACAAGCCUCCACUGCAUUAGCACACACUACUCUGCUUCUCUCUGCAUCAGAGUACAUUGCUUUUCGAUUGUGUUGAUAGGCUAAGAUCUGACAAUGGUUCAGAUUUGCUCCAUGUAGAAAUUUGCAGAUAUCCAGAUAGUACAAGAUUUGGGGGAAAAAAUAUGGAUUUCACAGUGAUUUUCAUGGUUAGCACCACAUUAGUGAUUGUGUGUUCUCCAUCAACAUAUGCCCAAACUCCUCAAUCUCCAAUAUUCAGCCUGACUCCGGCUCCAGCACCGACACCACCAUUCGUAAACCUCACGGAGUUACUCACAGUCACCGGCCCAUACCACACCUUCCUCAACUACCUUCAGUCCACCAAAGUCAUUGAAACCUUACAAAACCAAGCAAACAACACUGUGGAAGGGCUAACCCUCUUUGUCCCAACAGAUGAUGCUUUCGCAUCUCUCAAAAAGCCCUCUCUCUCCAAUCUCACCCAAGACAAGCUCAAAUCAGUAUGCCUAUUCCAUGCCUUGUCACACUUCUAUAGCCUGGCAGACUUCAAGAACCUUAGCCAAAUUAGCCCCGUUACCACAUUCGCCGGUGGAGAAUACACUUUGAAUUUCACUGAUGUGUUUGGGACUGUGAAAUUGAGUUCAGGAUGGUCAAACACAAAAGUGAGCAGCGCCGUGUAUUCGACUGAUCCGGUUGCAGUUUAUCAGAUCGAUAAGGUUCUUCUUCCGGAGGCAAUCUUUGGUACCGAUAUUCCUCCGACCCCAGCUCCCGUGCCAGCACCGGAGAUUGCUCCAACUGCCGAUACCACGAGGGAGAAAGGGACAAAUGGGUCAUCUCCGACAAAUGGGUCAUCACCAACAUCUUCACCUGCAUCAUUUGCUUGUAGGAUUGGAAGCUUUGGUGUUUGGAGUCAAUUGGUUUUGGCAAUUUCAGGUGGGUUUGUCUUGUUCUUGUAAGAGAGGAUUUAUUUGGGUUUUUUUUUUUUUUUUUUUUUGUUAAAAGUCAUGUUAAGACUUAUUUAAGUGGUACAUUGAUUCAUUUGCUUUGGUUUUGAAGCCAUUUUUUGAUGAUAUAAGUUAGUGAUGAUACAAAGUAUGGAAUGUGAGUUACUCUGUUGUAAUUACUUUCUUUAUUUAAAUGGCAUUUUGCUUGC